GUUUGUAUGUUCUGUUUCUGUAAGACCUCAACAUGUUGGAUGUUAAAGAAGCAGACAUGCGGUAGCCUUCAUAUGAGUGUUAAAGCAAGAGCUGACACAAACACUACUACUGGAAGGAGAGGUGCUCGGCGUGAAAGAUGUUCAGCGCCACGCAGACGUCUAAGUCUGAGUUCCUGGACAAGGCUCGCCUGGCUCGGGAGGAGAGGAAGGGCCAGAAGGAGAAAGAGCGAGCUGUUACACAGAUCCAGGCUCUCGUCCGCAGGUUCCUCUGCCGCUGUCGACUGCAGAAAGAAAUCAGGAAAGAGGUUGAUGAUUUCUUUGCAGCUGGAGAAGCAGGAACAAUGAAGAGGAACGCGUUAUCCAUCUUUAAAAUCGCACGCAAAUUAUUAUUCAUAUUCGGUAAAGAUGAUAAGCUGAGGUUUGAGAAGCUUUGUCGGAGCAUCCUGAGCAGCAUGGAUGUUGAAAACGAGCCUAAAGUGUGGUACGUUUCUCUGGCACUUUCCAAAGACCUCACCAUCCCGUGGCUCAAACAGAUCAAGGACGUUCUCUGGCUCUCCUGUGAGUUCCUGAAAAAACUCAAGCCUGAUAUUCUGCAGGACAAUAAACUGGUCACGCUGUAUCUGACCAUGCUCAUCACCUUCACCGACACGUCCACGUGGAAGAUAGUGCGAGGGAAAGGCGAGGCCCUGAAACCUGCACUCAACAGGAUCUGUGAGAACAUCAUGGGUCACCUCAAUCAGAAAGGCUUCUACUCCGUUCUGCAGAUUUUACUAACUAACGGACUGGCUCGAUCCAGGCCCUCGCUCUCCAAAGGCACGCUCACGGCCAUCUUCACGCUCUCACUAAGACCCGUCAUUGCUGCACAUUUCUCCGAUAACCUGCUGAGAUCUUUUCUGAUCCACAUCAUGUCCGUCCCUGCAGUCAUCUCCCAUCUCAACACACUCACUCCAGAUUGUAUGCUCACCAUCCAGACUUACGACCUGAUGAGAAAGUUCAUCCUGUUCCUGAGUUGUGAGGAACAGUGUCUGGAUAUCUGCGUCUGUCUGGAGGGGAGUCACAGCCUCUGCUUGCUGGGUAACCUGAUUCAGCUGGGCUAUCUGAAUGUGAAGGUGCUGGAGCAGGAGGCCGGACACUUGGUGAGGGUUCUGACCGACGUGCUGUCCUACUGCCAGGGAUACGUCUCACAGAAGAAGUCCAACCUCACACACUGGCACCCGGUGCUGGGCUGGUUCUCCCAGACCGUCGACUACGGGCUGAACGAGUCGAUGCCGCUGGUCACCAAGCAGCUCCAGUGUCUGUGGGGGGUCCCUGUGAUCUGCACACUCUUCUGCGACGUCCUCAGCAAGAAGCUGGAGGUCCAGGAGGCCGCGCCCUCCCCCCCUCAGUCGAGCUCAGUACAGAACAACCUGCCCGUCAAAAAUUUGUUUAAGAGGGCCUUCCAGAAAUCGGCGUCGGUCAGGAACAUCCUGAAGCCGGUCGGGGGGAAGCGGGUGGACUCGGCCGAGGUGCAGAAAGUGUGUAGCGUGUGUGUGCUGUAUCAGACGGCGCUCACCACGCUCACACAGAUACGGCUGCAGAUUCUCACAGGUCUGACGUAUCUGGACGACCUGCUGCCGAAGCUCUGGGCGUUCAUCUGUGAGCUCGGCCCUCAGGGGGGGCUCAAACUCUUCACCGAGUGUCUCAACAACGACACGGACGAGUCCAAGCGGCUGCUGGCCAUGCUCAUGCUGUUCUGUGACUGCUCCCGACACCUGAUAACGAUCCUGGAUGAUAUCGAGGUGUAUGAGGAGCAGAUCUCAUUUAAGAUGGAGGAGCUCGUCACCAUCUCGUUUUUCCUCAACUGCUUUGUGUAUAAGAUGAUCUGGGACGGAAUUCUGGAGAAUGCGAAGGGAGAGAGACUGGAUCUGUUCCACAGUGUACACGGCUGGUUGAUGGUCCUGUAUGAGCGAGACUGUCGCCGCAGGUUCACACCUGAUGAGCACUGGUUACGCAAAGACCUGAAGCCGAGUGUGCUGUUCCAGGAGCUGGAGAAAGGCAGGAAGAGAGCUCAGCUCCUGCUGCAGUACAUCCCUCACGUCAUUCCACACAAAAAUAGGGUCCUGCUGUUCCGGAACAUAGUGACGAAGGAAAAGGAGACGCUGGGGUUGGUGGAGACGAGCUCUGCCUCUCCACACGUAACUCAUAUAACCAUCCGCCGCUCUCGCAUGCUCGAGGACGGUUACGAUCAGCUGCGCAGGCUGCCGGUGAACUCCAUUAAGGGUGUGAUCCGGGUGAAGUUUGUGAAUGAUCUGGGGGUGGACGAGGCCGGGAUCGAUCAGGACGGAGUGUUUAAGGAGUUUCUGGAGGAGAUCAUUAAGAAGGUCUUCAACCCAGCGCUCAACCUCUUCAAGACGACGAGCGGGAACGAGCGCCUGUACCCGUCGCCCACGUCCAGCCUCCACGAGAACCACCUGCAGCUGUUCGAGUUCGUGGGUAAGAUGCUGGGCAAGGCGCUGUACGAGGGCAUCGUGGUGGACGUGCCCUUCGCCUCCUUCUUCCUGAGCCAGGUGCUCGGCCACCACCACAGCUCCUUCUACAGCUCCAUCGACGAGCUGCCCUCGCUCGACUCCGAGUUCUACAAGAACCUGACCUCCAUAAAGAGGUACGACGGUGAUGUGAGUGAUUUGGGUUUGACGUUAUCGUAUGAUGAGGACGUCAUGGGGCAGCUAGUUUGCCAUGAACUGAUCCCCGGUGGAAAGACCAUCCCUGUAACCAACGAGAACAAGAUCAGCUACAUCCACCUGAUGGCGCACUUCCGCAUGCACACCCAGAUCAAAGAGCAGACGGGCGCGUUCAUCCGGGGUUUCCGCAGCAUCAUCAAUCCCGAAUGGCUGCACAUGUUCUCCACGCCCGAAGUGCAGCGCCUCAUCUCCGGCGACAAUGCCGAGAUCGACCUGGACGACCUCAAGAAACACACGGUGUACUACGGCGGCUUCCACAGCAGCCACAGGGUCAUCAUCUGGCUGUGGGACAUCCUGUCUAGCGACUUCACCCCUGACGAGCGGGCCAUGUUCCUCAAGUUUGUCACCAGCUGUUCCAGACCCCCUCUGCUGGGAUUCGCCUACCUCAAACCCCCCUUCUCCAUCCGCUGUGUGGAAGUGUCCGACGACCAGGACACCGGCGACACCCUGGGCAGCGUGCUGCGCGGCUUCUUCACCAUCCGCAAGAAGGAGCCCGGCGGGCGCCUGCCCACCUCGUCCACCUGCUUCAACCUGCUCAAACUCCCCAACUACAGCAAGAAGAGCAUCCUCAGAGACAAGCUCCGCUAUGCCAUCAGCAUGAACACGGGCUUCGAGCUUUCCUAAUACACACACACACACACACACACACACAAUAAACACACACACACACUCACAGAAAUCAGCAGUGCAUCCGUAAAUAUGAAACGACUUGCCCCCGUGUGUGUAUCUACAAUUUUAUAGAGGAUCCGGCCACACACACACACACACACACACACACACACACACACACACACACACACACUACAGACUUGAAAGCACUGGACACCACAAGUCCUCUGAUCUGUCAGUGUUCGGAUUUAUUCUGGACCAUUUGUUGUUGCCUCUUUUUCUCAACCCCGACUCGAGGGCUGCGACUGAACCCCACGCCGUAGUCAGCGUGACACGGUUUCUCUCAGGCUUACCAAUGGAGGCGUGGUCCGGUGUCACUGGAAGCAAUACGGGAGCAAAGCAAGCCAUGCGGGACACGACCACACGUGCACGUGGGGCACCAGACGUGAUGUCACACCUGCAGAAGACUGAAGUUCGGAUGCUGGAUGAUAAAUUCACGUCCAUGUUGUGAUAUUCUGUAUAAAACAGCUAGAAUAACAAAUUUCCACGUAACGAGCGCGUGUUCCAGUGACGUUUGUACAUUAUUCGAACCGCUACGCCCUGCCUACUGUCCCAACAGAGGUUGAAAACAGGGUGGAGAAGACGCUCGCCGGAUAGACGCUGAUUUUCCGGUACAGAUCUGCACAAACCAGCAGCAGCUGUGACUGAAUAAUGAAGCUUCAGUGUGUUUGUGUGUAUUAUUAAUGCAGGAGAUAAAAGUACAUUUAAGCAAAGUGUUCGUUUAUGGAAGGUCUGAAGUUCUUCACAUAUUUAACGUAUUUAAAGUUUGCUCAUCAAAUCUGGUGAAAAUUGAAGACAGCAUACAGAUGAGUGACAAAUUAAAGAAAAAAACAAGCCGCAGAUGCUUCCAGUUAACUGUUUUGCAUCCCAUAAUGCAUGGUGUACAUCAAGAGAACAGAACAAGCCUAAAUGCUCGACCCAUAUAGUAAUCCACACUUGGUAUAAAUCCUUAGUAUGAUCCUUACUUGAGCCUUUCAGACAACAGAUUUUCUAGUCAUAUCCAAUUCCUCCACUGCUGCAGACCCCCACCCUGACGUGUUCACACAGGGAUCAGUAUCACAUACAGAGAGCCAGGCACUACUAUCCAUUAUUCAUAAUUUCUGUGCAGCAGUUAUAAAAAAAUCCUCAGACCAUCCCUCCCUCAGACACAGCCAAUAAUUAAAAAUUUAAAUCUUUAGAUCUUAGCAGUAAAGCCGUCAGUCAACACCAUCAGAACACUAACUGAGGAAAGAUCUUUGAGCUCCUUUAUCUAGUUUGAGAGACCCGACACCUAACUAAGACACUUCCUUCUGGUUUUCUUUUAAUUUGUCACAGUCUGUGUGCAUGUGAUUACUGACUGAUAGCGCAGCCUCGAGUGCAGAGGGUUUUGGUGGACAAACAAGUGACGUUACAAACUUCCAUUAACUCCAUCGUAGCUGAUUCAGUCUUUAUUUAACGUUUGGUAUUUUUUCAUCUCUCUCUAACACUGUUUGUAAUUAUUUUAGUUUCCAGACUCAUCGUUAUUUAUAUUCCAUGUAAACUCUGUACAGUACAGUGCGGUCUGUGUACUAACUGUACUGAAGUAUUGUCUGGUAACGACCUUCUGAUCUGAGGGAGCACCUUGUUUUGGUAGUAAUUAAUCACUAACAAUCGUCCGCCGUCAUGCCGUGGCCAUCGUUAAAGAGUGUUGCACUGGAAACAAGCCAUAUGAAGGGGUGGCCGGGUCUCAAACCAGCUAGCAGCUACUGUAUUUAGCGGCGGACUGUGAUGCUGGACCGACUGAACGUGGCCGUUUCUCCUCAGCAUGAUGUCACUGGAUGCUUCAAACCCAUUACUGUAUUCGUUCUCUGCAGGGUUUUGAAAUCUCUGUGCCGGUUGGACUGAAUGUUGAUCUUGAGUAGUAACCCUGCCUGCAGCCCAUUUUCCUCUAGUUCACCCGUAUAAGCAAAAACAUUCAUGGAAACUGAAGACGACGUCAGGAAGGCCUUUCCAAAUCCAGUCCUGGGACGCUUGUGCUUUGUGGAUUUGUGUUUUCCGUCUUCAUACGUUCAUCAUCUUCAUGACGUGAAGGGCUGGAUGAUUAGCUGAUGUCUACUGGAUGAAUGAGAAUGAUCUAGAGCUUCUUCUAAACACCCCCAUCAGUCUGCAUAUUCUCUCGUCUGAGUUCUUCAUGAUUUAAAUAUAUAAACAUCAUAAACGUUUCUGAUAUGGCCAUGUGGACGAUGCUUGAGAACCCAAGGGCUUUGAACUACACGCAUGUACUUUUGGAUGAACUAACAUGAGAAGUGAGGUUGAUCUUCUGAUAUAAUGAUGUCAAACUCUUGCCAUGCUUUUUUCCUCUCUACUCUUCUUUUGAUUUUUGUUUGGGCAUGUAAACAGGUUUUGGACUUGGUUGCACUACAUGAACUUUGGCUCGUCCUGAAAGGAUAUUGAAAAUAAGGUGGCGUCGGUGUAAGAUCUGCGUGUAUUCAUAUUUCCUCUGUAAAAUGUACAAAUGUCAAUCGACUCAGCCGUGUAAAUAUUCUACAGUCUUUACUAACUGA